AUGGCACGUAAGUUGCAAGACUUAUUCGAGAUGAAGUAUGUAAAAAUACUCGAAGAAAAUGUUACUGGAGCUGUGGGCUUAGAGAAGUCCAGCACACCUAGGACGUCAGAGUCAAAUACAAGAUCCGACUGGGACAACGUACGGGUACUAGAUCUUCUCCAGGAACAGCUGCAGGUUAUACAGGAUCAAUUGAUGGAAAGAGAGAAGCAGAAGAAGAAAAAUCCUGGGGAAUAUUUAGGUCUUGUCAAAGAAGUGCAUUCUUCAGUGGUAAGUGACACUAUAAACGCUAGGUUUGCUAAUGCUGCAUUAGAGGCGGAGGAUGUGAAUUAUCCGACGAAUUUGCAUCACAGUGUGAGUGCUAAGCAGUCAGGAGGCGCUCAACUUGCGGCUCCGGCAGGUCGUUGUGCUCCACCCACAGCCACCACCGGUGUAAAACACAGUAAAAGCAAAAGAACUCGAGAAGUUGAACAAACAGCAGGGCAAGAAGCGCAAGCCAAACAGGCGAAACUCAAUUGGCCGUCAGCUGGUGAUAAGGUGGGCGCUGGAUUUGGGAAUGCUGCAUUAGGGGCGGGGGAUGGGAAUCUUCUGACGAACCUGCAUCAAAAUAUGAGUCCUAAGCAGUCAGGAAUUGCUCAAAUUGAGGCUCCAGCGGGUUCUUAUGCACCACCAACUGCUGUUGCCCCAACCAACACCGGCACAGAGAACACUAAAAACAAAAGCACUCGAAAAGCUGAACAAAUAGCACGGAAAGAAGCGCAAGCCAAGCGGCCGAAAGCCAUUUUGCCGUCAGAUUUUCCGAUGAACUUGCUUCAUAAUAUGAGUGCUAAGCAGUCAGGAAUUACUCAACUUGCGGCUCCGGCAGGUCCUUUUGCUGCACCCACAGCCACUGCUGGUGUAAAACACACUAGAAAAAAAAGAACUCGAGAAGUUGAACAAAUAGCAGGGCAAGACGCGCAAGCCAAACGGGCUAAACUUAAUUGGCCGUCAGCUGGUGGUAAGUUUGAUUCAGAGGAGGAUGGCAAUGCCAAUCCAAUGUCAUACGAGAAGAAGAGGCAACUCAGUGUUAAUAUUAGCAAAUUGCCACUUGACAAGCUAAGACGUGUAGUGCACAUCCUUCAGUCUCAAGAAUCUCCUUUGGGGGAUUCUGUUCAGGAUUAUAUUGAGAUUGACAUAGGAACUCUGAAGCCGUCUACUUUACGAGAACUGGAGUCGUUUGUUGCAUCCUGUCUCAGUAAGAAACCACGAAAGUCCUACAAGAACAUUUUAUCAACAUCAGAAGAUGAGCUGAUAGCUGAGGAGAAGCAGGAGUUGGAGAAGAGGACGCAGGGCAUGACAGGACAGCAUGAGUUGGCAAAUAAACUGCUCAAGACAGAGGAGAGCAAGUCUGUGGAUGUUGGUGUCAUCUCCGACCUUUCAGUCUCCAGUUCCAGCAGUUCAGACAGAGACUCUAGUAGUUCCAGCAGUUCGGACAGAGGUUCAAGUAGUUCCAGCAGUUCGGACACAGACUCUAGUAGUUCCAGCAGUUCGGGCACAGACUCCUAG